AUGACUCCCCACACCCAGUCGCACUCGCACGCCAGGUCGGGCUCAGCCUCGGCGGUACCCCAUCAUCACACCCCGCCUGAUCACACCAUCGCCUCCAACUACCCCUCUGUCUCUCACUAUACCGCUACCCAGCCCCACUCGUCUCCCGCUCAUCACCCGAGUCCGGAGCAUACAUCCCACUACUCUCGCCCCGCCGGCCAGGGAGGAGCGCACGGCUACACCUCAUACCCCCCUCAAGUCCCUCCCGUCCACGCUGCUCAGGCGCAUCAGGCGGUGGCGCCUCUCCCUUCCCUACCUACCUCGACAUCGGAAAGCGAGCAUCAGGCACCCCGUAGCCCAAUCAUCUCACGUCUCCGCCGGACCCUGGUCGGUCGACACCCUCUCAGCAAGACGUGGGAGAAGGCGAGCUUUGCGGAGGAGUGCAGGUCGGCGCCGGCCAGUAUGGUGACGAUGCCGUCUGGAUCUGCAUCUGCGUCUGCGGCGCAGGGUACUGCUAUAAUCGGGGGACAAGGGAUCAGGGAGGAGGUCUGGGCAGAGGGCAGAGCAGCGGGCGAUGGAGUCGGAGAAGAGGGGACUGGGCGGAGAAGGGAGAAGAAGGGUCGAGCUGGCGCUAGCGGUCUAGAUGGGGCAUUCUCACCCUCCGGCCGUCCUGUCUCCCUAUACGCCUCCCCGGCCGCUAUACGCGCUUUCAAGCCCCUCCCGCCCAACCUGCCCAGUACGCCCGCUCCUGCCCACCGUGGUCUGACGUCUGCGUAG